AUGUCAGAAAACGAGAAAAUUGAGGCGACUCAAACUAGCCCAGAUAAUGCUGUACCCGAAUCCAACCAACAGGAAAAUGAGGUGACUCAGGAUGAGAGUAAAGAAUCUACUCCAGUAACACCCGCCUCUGCUACAGAAGGAGGACGUGAGACUUCAAACAAGAUAUUGUACGUGGGAAACUUACCUAAAUCAGCGUCGGAAGAGCAAAUAAGUGAACUAUUUUCAGUCUCCAAACCUAUAAAGUCGAUAAAGUUGUUGAAUGAUAAGAACAAACUUGGGUUUAACUAUGCAUUUAUUGAGUUUGACGAUAACCAAGAGGCCGAUAUGGCAUUGAGCACGUUGAAUGGGAAGUUGUUGAACAAUUGUGAAAUCAGGGUCAAUUGGGCAUAUCAGUCUGCAACGAUUGCCAGUAGUAGUACUCCAGAGGAUCCAACAUACAACCUUUUCGUUGGAGAUUUGAGCUCUGAAGUUAAUGAUGAGGCAUUGAAGAAAGCAUUCAACAAGUUUGAUUCGUUCAAAGAGGCGCACGUUAUGUGGGAUAUGCAAACUUCUAGAUCCCGAGGUUAUGGAUUUGUGACUUUUAGUAAGCAAGAGGAUGCUGAAUUGGCACUUCAAACAAUGAAUGGAGCCUGGUUAGGAGGUAGAGCAAUUAGAUGUAACUGGGCAGCGCAUAAACAAGUUAAUAACCGCAAUUCGGAUUACCAUCUGAAGAAUAACAACCGCUACAAUCAACGACAAUACAGACCGUACAAUGGGAGAAACUACAAUUCAUAUCAUAGUAACCAAUAUUCAAACAAUGGCCUGCAACAUAUUGCCGCUCCAGGGUUGAUCUUGCCAGAGUUGAACUUGUCAAAUGGCAGCUUGCCACUAGGAUCCCAGCAACUUCUCAGCUCCCCGCCAAAUGGUCUCAAUGGGAACGCCCAACAAACGGGAAAUAUAGUAAUGUCUCCCCAAUCAUAUGACAUUGUAUUAAGGCAAACUCCGUCCUGGCAAACUACAGUCUAUUUAGGAAAUAUUGCACAUGCUACACAACAACAGGAAAUGCUUCCAUUAUUGCAAAAUUUUGGGUUUAUUGUGGAUUUCAAAUUCCACCCAGAAAAAGGGUGUGCUUUUGUUAAAUAUGAUUCACAUGAAAGAGCUGCAUUGGCUAUUAUUCAACUAGCUGGAUUUAACUUAAAUGGUAGACCGUUAAAAUGUGGAUGGGGAAAAGAGAGACCGCCUCAGUUUCAGAAUAGAACCUCCAACUACGGACAAGGUCGUUGA